AUGGUGCAGUCGACAGAGGCGCGCGCCCGGCCCUUCGCGCUGCCGGCCUCCUUCUGCUGGCCCCCCGCGCGGGCGGAUACGGCGCGAAGAGAUAGCAAGCGAGCAAGCAGUAGCCCAGGCGUCAAAGAGAGCGUCAAGGAGAGAUUCGACGCCACCUGGCCGGUGGCUCGCUCGGAUCUCUGCAGUUGGCGCCCCUGCGUAGAAGAGCGGUUCUUCGCCCCAGAGGAUAGCUUCAAGGUCUUCAACUACACGAUGGCAAGUGAGCCGGAAGUGCCCGUCCCUGCCACAGAGCCAGGCACUCGAUUCCGCGGCCGAGAUGUGCGGGUGAGCCCCUGGACGAUCCUCUCGCGGCGUCCGCAGGACAGCAUUGGUGCGUUGAAGGGCCAGCGUAUGAGCUACCAGCAGCGGGUGGAGGUGCCAGAGAAGAGCCGCAGCUUCGAGGUCAGAAUGCCUCAGGUGCGCGCGGAGUCGCCGGCCUCCGAGCCGCCGGGCCCCGAAAGGGAUGGAUGGGCGGGCUGA